CAAAACCCUAGUUUGCUUAUAUUCAACCUCAACCCCUUCUCUUAAUUUCGCUGCGCCUCCCUUCCCAAGCCCUAACACAUAUUUUCUCUCCCUUUUUUUCUUCUACCUCUAACAAGCAAAGGAAAUCCAAAGAUGCCGCCAAAGUUCGAUCCAUCUCAGGUGGUCGACGUCUUCGUCCGGGUGACCGGAGGUGAGGUCGGAGCUGCGAGUUCACUCGCUCCUAAAAUCGGUCCACUCGGUCUCUCCCCCAAGAAGAUCGGAGAAGACAUCGCAAAGGAAACCGCUAAAGACUGGAAGGGCUUACGUGUCACCGUGAAACUGACCGUACAGAACCGUCAGGCGAAGGUCGCGGUUGUUCCCUCCGCCGCCGCAUUGGUCAUCAAAGCGUUGAAGGAGCCUGAGAGAGACAGGAAAAAGACAAAGAAUAUCAAACACAACGGCAACAUUACUCUCGAUGAUGUGAUCGAAAUCGCUAAGGUUAUGAGGCCAAGGUCUAUGGCGAAGGAUCUGAGUGGAACCGUUAAGGAGAUUUUAGGCACAUGCGUUUCGGUUGGGUGUACGGUCGAUGGGAAAGACCCCAAGGAUCUGCAGCAGGAGAUUACUGAUGGUGAUGUGGAGAUUCCUCUUGAUUAAAGAAGCAGAUAUUUUGUGAGGGUUUUUUUUUUUAUAUUUUAGUUUUUUAAGUUUAUUUCUCAAUAUCUGUGUUUUUAUUAUUAUCAGUUUUGGAUCUCUAUAAGGAUUUUAAUCGUAUCUCCAAAUUUCAAGUUUUCAGCGGUAGUGAGUGCUAAAUUGGAAUCAGGAGAUGUAAGAUUGAAUUUAGUGGUUUUUUUGGAUAACAUUUGAGACGUAAAUUUGAUCUUUAAGUUUAAGUUUAUAGUGCA